AUCCACGCGCGCAACGCCGAGCGGCUCCUCGCGCUCGCGCGCGCCAACGGCGGCGUCUACGUGAAGAUCGCGCAGCACUGCGCGCAGCUCGACUACCUCCUGCCCGAGGCGUACACGGCGGCGUUCGCCAAGUGCCUCGACGACGCGCCGCGGUCGUCCUGGGCCGACGUCUGCGCCGUCGUGCGCGAGGAGCUCGGCGGCGCGCCGUGGGAGAUCUUCGACGACUUCCAGCGCGAGCCGAUCGCGUCGGCGUCGCUCGCGCAGGUCCACCGGGCGACGUGGCGCGGCGCGCAGGUCGCCGUCAAGGUGCAGCACCGGGGCCUCGCGGCGACGUCCGCGGGCGACCUCGACGCCUGCGCGCUCGCCGUGCGCGCCAUGGCCUGGGCCUUCCCGGACUUUAAGCUCUCGUGGCUCGUCGACGAGAUCGCGCCGCACCUGCCCCUGGAGCUCGACUUCGAGCACGAGGCGGGGAACUGCGCGCGCGCGCGAAAAAUCUUCGCCGCGUGGCCCGACGUCUGCGUGCCCGAGACCUUCGCCGAGGUCUCCGGCACGCGCGUCCUCACCAUGUCCUUCGAGGCGGGCGUGAACGGGACCGCGCGCGACGCCAUCGAGCGCGACCUCGGCCUCGACGCGAGAAGGACGGCGGCGCUCGUGUCGCGCGCCUUCGCGGCGAUGACCUUCUCCGGCGGCUGCGUCCACUGCGACCCCCACGCGGCGAACGUGCUCGUGCGCCGCGGCCCCCGCGGCGCGCCGGAGCUCGUCAUCUUGGACCACGGCCUCUACCGCGACCUCGACGCGUCCUUCCGGUUGGAGUACGCGCGGCUCUGGCGCGCGCUCGCGACGGCGGACACGCGGGGCAUCAAGGCGAGCGCCCAGCGGCUCGGCGUCGGCGACCUCUACCCGCUCUUCGCGGCCAUGCUCACGCAGCGGCCCUGGGACGACGUCGCGAACCCGGACAUGAACAGCCUCCGGUCCAACGGCGCCGCGGACAACGCCAUGCUCCAGGCCUACGCGGAGCGCUACGCCAAGGAGAUCACGCUCGUCCUCGACCGCGUGCCGCGUCAGAUGCUCCUCCUGCUGAAGAUGUCGGACUGCCUCCGCCACCUCGACCGCGCGCUC